GGACUGGAGAAUGGUCGGUAAUAUGCACUAUGAUAAUGGAGAUAUGCCGACUUACCUUCUAAGAAACCAAAACGUCCUUCGCGUCUUUGAGUUCUGUUUGUCGAUCCGCCGGUAGUUGAGCUUUCCAAGAAACGCGGGUAGAUGAAUCUAUAUAUAGACACCACGAAAGACCCGCAAUGUGUAGCUCCCGUACAUCGAAAUCGUCAUCCUCCACAACACGAGUUCCGCGAACGCGUACUGGGUGCUGGACCUGCCGGGAUCGAAGUGUCAAAUGUGAUGAAGCUAGACCGCGUUGCGGCAAAUGCCAUAAGGCAAAUCUAACGUGCCAGUAUGGCAUUCGCCUCCAAUGGUUAGAGGAUUCGGUUGCUCGUGGAAUUCGCCAUGGUCGCGAGGGGGCAUGGCGUCCAAAACAUAAAGAUGUACCUCCUGAGGUGCGUUUCGAAGAAUCGCCCGGCUCGACGAGGUAUCGCGCUAGGUUAAAAGGUGUCGCCUAUUUCUUGAAUACUUUUUCAAGGGAUAUUGAACUCUACUGGCAUUCGCAGGCGUGUAAAGAAAUCCUUGAUGAUAUAACCAUCUACAAGGAAGCCGAAAACGACGAUGAGGAUGAUUGGAUAGAACAGCAAUUAGUUGCUCGUGCGCACGUAAAAGAACACUUCGGAUUAAACUCGUCUCGAUGUUACGACAAGUUUGGCUCGCCCAGGUGGAAACCAACAUCUCCAGUUGGGAGUUCCAUUGGAUUUUCUUGUCGAAUGACCCAACUCGAUGAUUAUAUACUCAAAUAUUAUAAUGCGGUCGUCUGCGCCAGCGCUUCUCUUGUUGACGAUCAACGUCAUAACCCACUUCGAUAUCUUAUCCUUCCGAUGGCUGCGCAUUCUAAUACUGUCUUCGCUGCCUUGCUCGCUGUGGGCGCGGUGAAAAUGGCUUAUAACGACCCAAGAUACCUUCAUAGGGCGCUAGUACAUCGUCAACGAGUAUUGACAGACCUCAACAAGUUUAUACAAGGCUCCCUAUCCGAUACUUCCAAAUGUCUAGAAGCACUUGUCUCGGCCGUCAUGCUUUGUUGGUAUGAUAUUAGCGACCAAUGCAGGGCAACUUGGACAAGCCACAUUGUGGGGAUCUCCGGACUUCUUGAUGCUUGCCAGGGACAAGCUAGCCGUUCCCCUGGCCACGAAACACUACUACAAUUUAGCCAGCAAUACCUGAUGUAUCAUUUGGUUAUGGCCAAAAGUACAUUGCAUGUUGAUGGCGUAAUACCGAAUUCCAAAUCCAUCCUAUCAAGACUGAUAGGCGUCUCCUCAUCUCCGACGAGGAAUCGUGACGAUCGAGAUGGCGUGCAUGAGCGAGCGCCUCGUAACUCUACGUCCGUAAAUGAGGAGCCUGAAGAACGAAUAGAGCCCUGUCUCGCAAGUUUCUUCUUGGAUAAUGAGUUGGACGAGAUUGAUACUCAUCAAGGAUUUUCUAAUCGCCUGCUUUUAUUAAUUAAUGACAUAUGCGACCUACGCGAUUCCGAAUGUUCUGGUAAGGCCGGCGAUGCCAAUGCGGAUACAUCGGCAUUAGAACGCAGAGUAAUACAGAUUCAAUCUCAACUCGAAUGCCUAACACAGGUGCCACCGAAAAGCGUCUUGCAAUCCUCAAGGGAUCGCAGAGAAGAUUACCAAACACAACCUCUACUCAACGAGUUUCAUAAGCGCAGGUUGGAAUUGAUCACAAUGACAGCAGAAACAAACAGACUGGCUGCGCUUCUUUUCCUGGACGAAACCUGUGGCACACAUUUUCCCCAUAUAAUACCCCGUUGCAGAAAAAGCCGGCCUGAUUUCAUUCAGAAAGUCCUGUCGCUGAUCCAAGAUAUCUGCGACACUGGACCAAUAACGGCAGCCCUUCCUAUCUGGCCCGUGUUUGUGGCUGGCUGUAUGGCUUCUAGCGAUGAUAUCCGCUUACAAGUAUUAGAGAUAUUUGAUAAAUUUCAGCGUCAGAAGAAAUUUGGUAGUCUUCCGCCAGCGUUAGCAGUCAUUCGGAUGGUCUGGAACCAGCGGGAUCUAGGCUGUGAUGAGAACCCUCGGAAGGUGUCUUCUCCUAUAUCGGUCUCGGAUUCUACCGGCACAGGGAAUGGUAAGAAGGACAAGGGGGCGCGAUACUCUUGGGAACGUGCAAUUUCCAUGCUAGGAGGGUCGUCAUUACUUAGUCUCACGUAAAUAAUAAUAGGAAUAAAAUUUGAUGCCAUCACCACAUGCAUUACCUGCGCCUAUAAUUAAACUAAAUAUCGUCUCAGGCCCAUAACACUAAGAGACGCAUAAGACAUGAGCAAUUAAACUAUCAGUCGAGGCAAGUUUAGGUUGAUAGAAUAAAGCUCUAUAUCUUAUGUCACGAUACGAUUUACUUGUGACUCAUACAGAAAUGAUAUAAAAGAGUCAACAGAACCUAGCACCUCAUUCUCAACCCGUAACCACACAACAUCAACAUUGAGU